UAAUAUUUUGUGAUUUAAUUGUAAUUCAAAACAAAACACAAGAAUUGAAUUGAAAAUUAAGUGCUUAAGAGUUGAUCCAAACCGUGGUUUGAAUGGUAACUAAUGGCGAGUCUAUUGCCAGAGACGGACAGCGAAGACGAGUUACCGAAUGGUUGGGAACAAAGGCUGACAUUUGAAGACAAAGUAUAUUACGUAAAUCAUCAGCAGAAGUCGACGCAAUGGACACAUCCGUUGACCGGCAAACGGAAACGAGUGGCCGGAGAACUGCCUUUCGGAUGGGAGCGACAGAUACUCGAAGACAGAACUGUUAUAUACGUUGACCAUACGACCAAAAAGACGACAUAUACUGAUCCGAGACUCGCGUUUGCCUUCGAGGACAAAGACGUCGGAACGGAUAUGACUCAGAGGUUUGACGCGUCGACUACUGGGGAUGAAGUAUUGCACGGACGCGAUCUCACCGGCAAAGUGGCUAUCAUUACGGGCGCCAACUCUGGCAUUGGUUUGGAAACUGCCAAAUGUUUGGCCUCUAAAGGGGCGCACAUUAUAAUGGCCUGUCGUCAUAGCGAUAGAGCCAACGAUGCCAUCGAUUACAUCCACGAAUCUCUGCCAAAAGCAAAACUCGAAGCCUUGAUCUGUGAUUUGGAAAGUCUUGAAAGUGUUCAGCAAUUUGUCGAUCAAUUUCUUUCACUUCAAUUACCCUUACAUAUGCUUAUACUAAACGCUGGUUCAAUGUUAUCACCGCAUCGGUUAACAAUCGAUGGCUAUGAGACCACAUUUCAAGUCAACCAUUUGUCUCACUUUUAUUUAACUAAAUUAUUGCAACAAAAGCUCAUCGAUUCCCGUCCGGCACGGGUUGUAGUCCUCUCGUCAGAGAGCCAUAGGUUUAGUACAAUGAGUAUCGAGACAUUUAGUCAGGAGUGGGUCUCGCCGUCCACUGCACGCAAUUUUGUCUCAAUGAUGGCUUACAACGACUCGAAGUUAUGUAAUGUUUUGUUUUCAAAUGAGUUGAAUCGGCGACUUUCAAGCCAUGGUGUGGUGAGUAAUGCCUGUCAUCCGGGAAACAUGAUUAGCACCGGUAUAUCUCGCAACUGGUGGCUCAUGAGGACCCUCUUCGCAGUGGUCAGACCUUUUACCAAAUCUUUAGGACAGGGAUGUGCAACACCCGUGUUUUGCGCCACGGCUCACGAGUUGGACGACAUCGGUGGCCUUUAUUUUAAUAACUGCUAUCAAUGUUUGCCAUCAAAAACGGCCCAAAACAGCGAUUUGUCGGCUUCUCUUUGGCUGUUAAGUGAAAAAAUGAUUGAAAAUGGUAUCAAACAAUUGAAGUCUCAAUAAUUGAUUGAAUGAUCGAUUGUUAAACAUUGAGUUUAACUUUUAUAUGUUUAGCCGUUUACUGUUAUUUUUUCUGUACCAAAC